AUCUUUUUCAUUCUCUCUUUUUUUCCCUUUUCUCUUCUCUUUUCUUCAAUUACACCUUUAGAAAAAGCAGCACUAACAAACAACUCCAUCAAUAGCAUCUCAACUCUUUUUAUUUUAUCCAUCUCAGCUCUUUUUAUUUCACCAUGGCACAACCACAUGACUCUGGUCUCAAUUACCUUCCAGUAGACCACUCUCAUCCCGAUACUACCCAAACUACCCAAAGUAUCGUCACUGAGAAUGCUUCUGCUGUGCCUCUCGCGUCCGCAGAAGCUACUUUGGCUCGCCGUGAGCGCAGCUCUUCCGAUUCUGCAGAGAAGGCUCUGCUUUCUGACCCUUAUGCAUACAUGACACCUCGUCUCAAGAGCCUUGUCCUCUGGGAGAAUCCUACAGUCUCAGGCGGUGCUCUUGCUUCAUCUCUUGCUCUCGUCCUCUCUUGCCGCUGGAUCUCACUAUUGAACCUUGCUUGUGCGCUCUUUGUCUUUGGCAUUGCUGGCUCGUUCAUCUAUGUCAAUGGUUUGCUCGUUUUCAACCGCCUCACCAACAAACCCAACGUUCCUCGUCCAUUAGAGAAGUACUACUCUCGUUCAACAGAGUAUUUGCACGUGGAUGCCGAUCGUUUGCAUCGUCGAGUCGACUAUGUGACAGACGGUCUUAAUGUCAUCUUCACUGAGCUUGCCAAGGUCGUCUUGGUUGAGGACAAUAAGCGCAGUCUCAAGUUUAUCGGUAUCUUCUACGCUAUCUGGACACUUCGCACCUGGUUCUCGACCACCACCCUUCUUUCCUUGAUUUUGGUCUCACUCUUUGCCGCACCACGCAUCUAUCUCGAUAAUCAGACCUUGAUCGACACUCAGGUUGCCAAGACUAGCAAUCUCGUCCAGGCUCAUGUUGGCAAGGGUCGUCAGGUUGCACAAGAGCAAUUCAACAGCGUUUACUCCAAGGCUGAACAGUUUGCCAAAGAGAAGGGUCUUGUGAAGAAGUCUGACAAAAAGCUUGAAUAAGCAGACAAUCAACUGCACAAUCUCGCCUUACUUUUACAUGUACUUUGUCCAUAGCUUCUUUUUUUUUGUCAUUAUUAUUAUUAUUUUUUUUUUUUACAUAGUUUGAAUGUACCUCCACCUGCUUCACAAUUCACUUGUCCCCCCAUCUUGCAAAGACAUUAAAACAUUAAAUCAACAAAAUAGAUACUAGGUUAGGUAGU